UUCUUUCUCCUCGUUUAUCAUUCGCAGGUAAAAAAAGAAAUUAGGUAUUUCGCGACUGUUCCUCCAAAACAUUUCAUUAUUUUGGAACAUCGAAUCAGUUAUUUCGUCAUUAUUCGAAACGUGUUAACGUAAUUUAUACGCGUAAGUUUGUUUCGAGUAUUGCACAUUUUUUUGUGCUCUCUCUCUCACUCUCCUUUUAUUUUAGUGUGUUACGCGAGUAUUUUUUUUUCACGCCGAGUACGCGCGUUUGUACAGUGUGUUUUUUCUUAAAUCUAUAUAAUAUUUUUGUUUUCAAAUAAUCGGUUUAUUUAUGUCUCGAUAAAAAUGUCGUUUAAUGGUUGAUAUGACGUUAUUGAAUUUGUUAUUUAUGUGCAAAGUGCGAACCGGACGUCAUACAAUAUACCGAUUUUACGAACAUGUAAAGCAGAAAUCUAGCUUAAAUGAAGAAAGAAAGGAAAAAAUUUAGCCAAAGGAAAGACAGCAAGCAGAAAGCAGAGUAUGAUGGAAUUAAAGAUCACUAGAACAAAAAAGUUAUUGGUGGUGUUUGCUAUGAUAUUUGUACGCGCUUCAUUACAAAUGGAUACGACCAGCUCUACUGAUAUACAAAAAGUAGAAAAAAGUUUACUGUCUGUGCUAGGAUUAAAAAGAAGACCUAUAGUGGAUAGAAAAAAAGCUCAUAUACCGCAAGCCAUGAUAGAUCUUUAUGAACAAAAAGCAAAUCAUGAAUAUGAUACUACAUCUUUCCCGCUUCCUGGUAGUUUAACAAGGUCUGCGAACGUUGUGCGAAGCUAUACUCAUCAAGAAAGCUCGAUAGACGAAAGGUUCGUACACGAUCAUCGAUUUCGAUUGAGCUUCGACCUGAAAGACUUUCCCGCCAACGAAAUCGUUACUUCGGCCGAACUGAAGUUAACCAUAGUUCCUAAAAAAAAUCACAUAACAGACUGCAUCCUACAACGUAUAUCCGUUUACGAUAUAGUACAACCCGGUAUCAAAGGUAAAACUAGACCAAUACUGCGAAUAGUCGAUACUCGAAUUGUAAAUACGUCAGCGUCAGCUUCCGAGUCAGAGUCAGACCAUUCAACCGUAAGCUUAGACGUGUUACCAAUAAUCGAACGAUGGCUAUCGAAUCACGAAACCAAUUACGGCGUGCUGAUCGACGUGAAGUCACCCAAAGGCGACAAAAUUGCGUCACACGUCAGAUUAAAACGUAACACCGAGACCGACGACGAAGACAGUUGGCAGCCGAUGCAACCGUUGCUGUUCGUGUACUCGGACGAUGGAAAACCGAGAAAACCAACCAACUGGACGGAUACCAGAAGGAAGAAGCGGAGUAAUAGUAAUAAUGGUGCUCCGCUCAAGAGGAGGAAAGGUCGAGACGAAUGUAAAAGACAUCAGUUAUGGGUGGAAUUCGAAAAAGUCGGAUGGAACGAUUGGAUCGUAGCGCCUCCCGGAUACGAUGCUUUCUUCUGCGCCGGCGAGUGCCCUUCGCAGUUCGCCGAUCAUAUGAAUACGACCAAUCACGCCAUCGUGCAAACUUUGGUCCAUAGCGUUCAUCCGACCACCAUACCAAAGCCGUGUUGUGUACCCACAUCUCUAACUCCUAUUUCGAUGCUGUAUUUAGAUGACAACAGCAAAACCGUAUUGAAAGUCUAUCAAGAUAUGGUCGUCGAAGGUUGCGGAUGUCGGUAAAAGCGAUAACGCAGACGCCACAGUGCGGCUUCUUCAAAAAAAAAAAGUUUUUCUUAUUCAGCUAGUCUUUGCAUCGUGAUUAUCAAUUUUAAACGCUGUGAUCCCGUCAACAAAACAAUUUUACGAUGUAUAUAAAACCAUACUUAUAUAGUUUGUUUUACUUUUCCUAGUUUUUACCCAAUUUUUGUUCUUCUCGUGUACUCGUCGUAAUUUCCAACCCAUCGUAUUAUAUGUUUCCUUCUUCGUCUUUACGUUUCUUCUUCCUACUAUUCCUGGAUAACCUUAGCAACGUCCUAAGAAUUCAAUUUCAUUUACGGUUGGUAGCGUUUUUACUAAACUUAUCCCCCCCCCCCUCGAACUUUAUGGCGAGAGAAAUCGCUCUUCUUAUAUCCCCUCCCCAAUUUUUAUUAUUUUUAUAAAAAUUUUAAAUCGUCUCAAUUUUAUUCCCUCAACUCCGUCUUCCACUACUUGUUAUUUUUGUUCUUAUUUUUAUUAAUUUGAUCGUCGAAAAUCGAAUACUUUUUUAUCUAUUUUUUAAAAAAAAGUACGUAAACGUAUUUUAAUUUUUUUUUUUAGUUUUUUUUUAUCGUUCAAUUUUAUCGUCGCGUAUAUUUUUUUUACAAAUACUGAGAAAAAAUUCGUUUUUUAAUUUUAAAUUAAUUUUUAGCACAUAUUUCCAAGCGAAAUACAUAAACGAAACUUUGCUUCGCGAGAAGAAAUUUACUAUUUGAAUUUCUUAUUGAACUGGUAGUACGACGAUGACCUUGAGUUUUAUGCUAUUUACUCGACUUAUUAUCUCAUCGAUAUAAGAAAGCGAAAUUCCCUCUUCAUACUCUUUACUUUCCACCUUCUCGUACCUAUAUGUACUUCAAUAUCUGACUGUAUUUUUUGGCCAUCAACGAUGCUAAUGUUACCAAUUAUUUAUAUUUAGUAUCGAAUUGUCCUCUUUUUCUUCAUAUAUAUAUUUACUCGACCUUUACUCGUAUAUAAUAUAUCUAGGUAAAUGUACAUAAAUUUGCCAAAAUGUCGGACUAUACGUACGUACGUUGACCAGUGAAAUACUUAUUACAUAUAUCCUACCAUGACAUUAAAUUUAUCGACAUUACGAAAAUUCUUUCAUUUUUCUGGGACGACUUGGAACAAAAAAAAAAAAAACACAAAUCAAGAAACCAUUAUAGUAAUCAAAAAACACUAAAUAGUAGAAAAUUUCAUCAAA